GUUGCACCAAAGACUAUUCUAGCACUUCUGCACUGGAUAAUUAGUAGCAGCAGAAGGCCUUUGAGCUACCAGAAAUCAAGUGAAACGGCAGGAGGUGUGCAUGCUUGUGGAUUUGCGCAGUCACCAAGCAGAAGAAGAGAAAAGAAUGCAGAAAUUUCAAGCAUGAAGAAAGGAAAUGACAGGCAGAUGUCCGUAUUUGGCCCUGGCUGACAAUGAAGAGGUGAGGUCUGUUUGCAUUGACUUUUCAGCACAUUUCCGCUUUUGCAGAGGACCAGAGACUCCACGGCAAACUGGAGAACCUAGAACAGGUUCUAAAGCAUAUGCGAGAGGUUGCUGAGCGUAGGCAACAGUUGGAAUUUGAACAUGAUCAGGCCCUGGCAGUCCUCACAUUCAAACAGGAUGAGGUCAAACGACUGCAGAGAGCCCAGUUUGCUGCUAAGAAGGAGCAGGAAGGAGUUGUGCAGAUGCUGGAAGCUAAAGUUCAGGAGCUGGAGGAAAAAUGUCGAAAACAGAGCAAACAGUUUAGCCUUCUGUCCCACGAGCUGGAAAGGUUCCGUCUGCAGGCCGAAACCUAUAAUCCUCACAGAGGGUCAGCGGUAUCUGACUGGGAUCUGUACCAACAGACAAACAUGAAAGAUGUGGAGGCUGCUGCUAGCUUAGUGUCCAGCACUUCUGGAAUGGGGUUUGGGAGGAUGCAACAGACACCAAGAAUUCAUCAUCACGAGCUCCCUACUACUGGCAGUGAAUCAACUCCAGAGCCAGAGCCCUACAGCUUUGCACCUAAACCUGUGAUCCUUCAUCCCAGCUCACGAAAGGCCUUCCCACCUCAGUGUGCACAUUCUGUCCAGCAUCUGGGGGUGCCAAAUUCCCAUGUUCUUCUGCUCCCAGAUACUGAGAGAAGAGGCCCACCUCAGAUCUUCAUUAGUAGAUACAGUUAUAAUCCAUAUGAUGGUACCAACGACAACCCAGAUUUGGAGCGCCCAUUGACUGCUGGAGCACAUGAAGGUGAACUAGUAGAUGCCCAUAGAGGACUGGUCCCAUCCACAUUUGUGGAACCAGUUGUGCAACCAAAUACGUCCAGUAUGCAUCCUCCAGCAGUCAGCCCCCUAUUCAGUAACUACUCCCAGGAUCCCUGGUGCUUAAGAAUGGACAGUCCUGUGAAGACUAAAAUGUCUGUCCCUAGUGCAGAUUUUCUUGAUGUGGCCUUUGAAAAUGACAUAAUAGAAGUUAGUGCUGACACAGUGCCUUAUCCCAGGAGGCUAACUGUCAUCAAGCAGCUUACCAAAAGCAUCAUCAUUAGCUGGGAUCCACCCUUGGUGCCUGCUGGUUGGGGAGACAUAUUAAGCUACAACAUCUACGUGGACAAAGAACUACGACUAAAUGUGCCCUUUGGCUCACAGACAAAGGCUGUGCUGGAGCGCCUUGAUGUCCAGCUGAAGACUUACCGCAUCUCUGUGCAAAGUGUGACAGAGAAGGGCACCUCAGACCAGUUGCGCUGUACCUUCCUAGUGGGGCGGGAUGUGUGCGCGGCCCCCACCCAGCUAAAUGUGGAAAACAUCACCUCUACCUCGGCCAACCUCAUGUGGUUACCAAGCAACAGCAAUUAUGUGCAUGUGGUAUAUUUGAAUGGAGCUUAUUGGCAUCUGGUCAAGGCGGGAACCUACUCACUCUGCCUUGUCAACCUCCGACCAAACCAGAGCUACAGUGUAAAAGUGGAGUGUCACUCACCCCAAACCCAUUGUGAGCUACCGCCACAUCAGAGAGAACAUAGGAGUGCUAAGACCACCUUUACCACACUAAUGGCAGGGCCUCCUGAUCCCCCAAGCAAUGUGCGGUUGCAGAUCGGUCCAUCCCCAGGCAUUGCUCUCGUUAAAUGGCUGCCUGUCUCGGUUGAUGCAGCUGGGACUUCUAACAAUGUGCAUGUAACAGGAUAUACCAUUUAUGCAGACAAACAAAAAGUCAUGGAGGUUUCCUCCCCAACAACCAGUAGCGUGUUGCUGGGUCAGUCUCAGAUCCACCUCCUGGAAAGCGCGUAUGAGCUGACGGUGCGGACCAUGUCUCCCCAUGGGGAAUCUGCUGAUUCAGUGCCUGCUCAGGUCUUGCCAGACCUUCUUUCAGCCAUCAGACAUGGGGUGUCUCCGGACCCAAACUUGGAAAUCCCUGUAAGAAAUGUAUCCACGCUACUUCGGAACCCACCACUAGGAGCCCCUGCCAAUUCCUUGGAUCAAGCCUCAAUGAUCCAUGGAGAGAGUAGUAGAAUGCCAGAGGGCAGUGCCAAGCCUUUGCCCCCUACUAUGGGAGAACCUUUGAAAUCAACCAAGAACCAAGGAAGUCAUCCGGUGAACCAUCUUUCAGAGACCUCGGACCAAAUUAUGCACAUCACCCAAACCAACACAAGUUGUUCCUCACAACUGUCUGCAGAACACAUUUCUCUGAAGUUUCCUAAAAAAGAACACCUGAGUGGCAAAAUUCAGAUGCCCCCUCUGCCGGACAUCCUGGAGGAGGAGGAACCCUACUCUGACAACCCAGAGUCUGCUGGAGCUAGUUGCAAGCCAGACCACUAUGAGACGGACAGUGAUGAGGAACUUUUGCGAAGACUUAUGAGGCUACCUUGGCAAGCUCAAAGUAAGAAACAGCUCGUCAGCAUUUCUGAAGGUACAGAGGAGGAGGACAACAUAGAAAAAUGUGUAAAGCCACCAUGGCCAAACUCUGCAGAGAUUCAGCAACUUGGACCACAGCAGGAGGAAAUUAUUGCUUCCAAGAACAUGGCAUCACCACCAGACCAACACUCAAACAACAGCUCUUGGCCUCUAGGAGGUGAUCAUCUUCCAAAGAUCAGCAAACCCCAAGGCUCUGAGGUUUCAUAUGUCACUUCCAAACCUACACAUUACAUUGGUGGAGCCCAAGGUGAGAGGUUAAGUGGAAGAUGUGGAAGAAUCUUACAUGCUAAGAGCAAACCAGAGCGCAGAGUACAUUACUCAGAUAUUGUGGAAAGUAUCAGCUACCAGGAAGAGGACUCAGAUAACAGUGUCAAUGCCACGGACAUUUUUAAGGCACCUGAAAGGGUACAUCAGUCUUAUCAUGUGGAAAGCUCACACAAGAGUGGAGACCAACUGAGGAACGCUGUCUUGCAGAAGAAUCUAAUUUCCCCCAUUCGGCAUUCAUCAGGCCAGUACCUAGGCAGUAAGACUGUUAUAAGAACCAAGGCCAGUGAAGGCUCAGGAAUGGAAAUUAACUUGGAGUAUGGAACAGAAGACGAUGACGAAAGUGUCCUUGGUGGUCCAGCUGACGUUGUUGUAGAACAGAUGUCUUCAGAAUGGUGGUUGGAGGGUGGACAAUCAAAGCUGCUGCAGGGGUUUGUGAGCUGCUCUGACCAGUUGAAUAAAUUCACCACAGAUACCUACAGGAGCAGGAAACCACAGCUGCAGUCUGAUAAAGUCUUUGAGCACAAGGUAGCCUGUAUCCCACAGCAUCACCACAGAAGAAUAAGAUUGAGUGCCUCAAAGACAGAGGGCUCUUAUGCGGAUAAACACCAUAAUAAGACAGAAGACGACCACAAAUCAUACCAGCAAUGUGCCAAAUUUGAACAAGCGAUGAAGGGUCAGAGCAUCAUAGACAAUUAUCAAAGGGACACUUGCAUCAAUGAAGGCAAAUCAUCGGCUACAGUAACCUGCACCCAGGAAAGACGGAGACAAUCCUUAAUGAGAGUGCGAACAAAAACCAGGAAGCUUAAAGAUGGAGUAAGACUGACAGCCCCAGAGGCUGGGAGAGAUCUGGAUAGUCUCUUUGAAGACAAUCCUACACGUAUCUUUGUGGCUUUAUUUCCGUACGACCCUGCUGUCAUGUCCCCAAACCCGGACACUGCAGAUGAGGAGCUGCCCUUCACGGAGGGACAGAUCAUCCAGGUAUAUGGAGAUAAAGAUGCUGACGGAUUUUACUAUGGAGAAUCAAAUGGCCACUUUGGUUAUAUUCCAUGCAACAUGGUGUCUGAGGUCCAGGUGGGAGAUGAAGAGAGCAGACAGCAGCUAGUGCAAUGUGGAUUUCUGCCUGCAGAGGUCCCCAUGGAGAAAUCAGAUUCCCGUCACGCAGCUAUGAAGCUUAAGGACCAAACUCCCUGCAGGAUGGUGGCGAUCUUCGAUUACGAUCCUCGGCAGAGCUCUCCGAACAUUGAUAACGAGGCUGAGCUGACCUUCAAAGCAGGGGACACUGUGUUGGUGUUUGGCAAUAUGGACAGCGAUGGGUUUUUCUAUGGAGAGUUGAACGGACAACGUGGCCUAGUUCCAUCCAACUUUCUCCGAGCUGCAUCUGAGACUGAGGUUGAGAAGUGUUGGGGGGCAGGGAAGGGAUGCAGGAGGACCAUGCAUUACAAGCAUUAAAUGUAAGUGUUACUGUUUGGAGCCACUGUAUUUAGCAAGCUGAGUAUCAUAACUUAAGUUUCAUAUAGUCUAUGGUAACCUUCUAAUCUUCGGCAUUGCUGUACUGUCCUCAUGUAUACCCUUGCUUAAUAUAUGGAAUAAGAAAGUUCUAGAAAAUCUCAAAAACCCGUCCUUUUCCUGCUUGUUCUUUAUCUCUAUUGCAGGUAAGCCUUCCAUUGGUUAUGAAAGAUAGAACCCCUAUGGAGUAAUUUCAAACACUCAUUGCUUUUCUAUGAUGAGCUAUUAAAUGUAUUCCCAGGACAGGUAGUUUUGGGAUGCCUCAGAUGCUUUCUUUCAAAGGUGAUAACUCAAAAACUAUUUGAUGGAUCUUUUAAAACUUUGCAGGGGGGUUGUUUGUGUGUUGAACUGGAACUGAUUAAAUUCUGAAACUGAUCAUCCAGAAAUUUAAACCCUACUUAGUGACAGCAAUGGGAAGUGUGAAAGCAGAUGACAUUUGAAAUUGUGAAUAUCAUAGGUCAAAAAGUAUAUGAUGGAUCUCUUUACUGCUCAUGCAAACAUUAUAUGGAUGGAAACCUACACAUGAUUUCAUUUUCAAACAAAUUGCCCCAAAAGUGAAGCACUGUGGUAGCAAAGGAAGAAAAUGGAAGCAGUAGAAUACACUUGGUCUUGUGAACAUCAUAGUUCUAAAAGUAUUUGAUGUUUUUAAAACUUGGAAUGCACAUGAUAUGGAUGAUAAACUUCAAGUGAUCAAAUUUUGAGACAAAAGUUAGCCAAAAAUUGAAGCAGUGCUACAUAGUGAUGACAAAGAAAAGAGCAGCCUCAACUAGCAUGAUAAUUCAGAAAUUGUCUGAUCUUUUCCAAACUUUGUAGACACAUUGUAUAGAUGAAGAUUGUUCAAAUUUUGAGAGAAAUCACACCAAUAACUGAAACAUCAGUGCAUACUGACAGGAAAGACAAGGGUAAGUUAGAUAAGAAGCUUAACCUUAUGAACAGGAUAACUCUGUUUGUUAUUAUUACUCUAAUUACGCUAUCUGAUUUUUGAUUAAUCUUAUUACCACUUCACAAGAACAUUAUAUGGAUGAAAAUCUACACCUUCCAUUAUAGACCCCAAAUCACCCCAAAAUUCGAAUUGCAGCAGAGUGUGAAAUGGAGGCUAUAGCCACCUACUUGUGAACACAGCCAUCUGCCGUCUAAACUUAUUCCAUGUAUCUUUUUUCAUACUUCCUAGGAACAUUAUAUAGGUCAGUAAUUCUUGACCUGUGGGGCACAAAAUGAUUUUCUGAAUAUUCUAUAAUAUAGUUUAUGCUGUUUUUUUUUUUUUUUUGGUCGCCAGCCUCCCCAUUCGGCAAGUAGUAGUCUGAUAGCCGGUCAGCAAAAUGUGUCGGUGUGCAAAUUAUUGUGGAGGAAUUAUUUUUUUUGUGGACAGGUGGGGAGAAUGUAUAAAGUAUGCAAAGUUAAGACUAAAAAUAAUAUUUUUGUUAUAUUGCUAUAUUUUCAUUCAGUGUAAUUUAUCAAACGUGAAUCCCCCUGCCCACACUUAGCUAAAUUUUCCAUUGGAGACUUUAGUUAUGUCACUUAGCUCUAGUCCUAGCCAAGGCACACAAAGUGCUCCUGGGCUGCUAGAUAAACGACCUGACCCUGUAUUUGGAUCCCAAGCUUUGCUCAACUGUAUAUGUAUAUGUGUGUGUAUGUCUGAAGCAGAAAGCAUUCAACUAUGUUAACCAUUCACCCAUAAGGCAACUUAAAGUCACUUGUUCAUCAAUAUUUCCUGUCCUUAAUACAAAACUAUAUAUAAAAGUGAUAAAGCCAAGAGUUACGAAUACUUUGAUCUGUCUUGUAUACCGUGUAGACUGUAAAUAGCUAUGUUUGUUUUGUUCGAUUUAUUUAAUGUGCAAAAUGGACAUGUCACUGCAGUUGUGCAAGUCAAUGAAUGUGUAUAUUCAUCUUUUAUUACCCAAACACAAUGGAACUGAGUCUCAUGAUAUGAGACUGAAAAGGCUGAUUGAUGCAAUUUAUUUCUUUGGAUGUCAGGAGCUGGCAUUCUGGGGACACAAACUCAUUUAAAUAUGAGAAUUGUAACUACACAGCUGUUAUGUCACAGAAAAUGCUGGUCAUAGUGCAAAAGAGAACUAAAUGGAAUGUAAAUAUUAAGUGUAAUCAUAAUCUACUGUAAACUGCCAUGUAAGUGGAAUGUGCAGUAAAUAGCAGUGUAGUUUCAGAGCUUCAUGCUAAAACUAGGACUCCUGGUAUUCAAGUAAAAACACAUUUAUUGGCUUUGACAGCUCCAGUUGGUCCAUCCAGUACAUCUAGAAAUUGUAAAUGCUGGUGGGUGUGGGAGGAGUAAGUAUUAGAUAGGUGGGGGGUGACAUGGGUUUCUGAGAAAUACAAUGCUACUGUAUUAUGGGGACAGCCCCGAUUCUCAUUUUAUGUGUGGUUUCUUUUGCAGCAUGUGCAGCUAAUAGUUUUGCAAAACAUUAUACAAUCAAGUUCCUGACAAUAUGAGGGGCUUUUCAAACUGUGAAAAGAACACAAUGAAUGUUUGUAUGGCUGAAAAAGAAAAUCUUUUUAUUGUGAUAUUGUUAAUGGUUUGCAAAAAGAAAAUAACUUCUUCUUGACAACUGAUUCUCAAUAAAUUUCCGUAACCACUAAGAGGGUACUUUCUGUGCUUCUCCGGCACAUCCCUGCUUUACAGAACUAUUUAAACUAGUAUCUCAGUAUUAGAUGCUUAAAAGCUGAAGCUUAAAAAAGCUAAUGGAUUUUAGCCUUAAGUGAUGAUUGUUAGUCUUAAUACACCCACUUAAUGGAGUAUGAUCGGAAUGUAUGUUUCCUGGUUUCUGCCUUAUGUUUUAUACAUACCAUCUGCAAAAGAGCUGACAGUUUGCUACCAUGUGUAAGUAUGGUUAAUCCAUUCAGUAACAUACAGUGGAAAAGAGUGUUCACUUUUUAGUUUCAGUGGAUACCUAACAUGUCUCUAGGGAGUUUUUGUUCCUCUAUCAGUUGUAUAUGUUCUUUAAAAACCAUUUCUGUAAAUGGAAGUUCAUUUAUGAAUAUAGCUGUAUAUAGCUGUAUCUGUGUCCUUCAUACUGUCUAUGUACUUGUAGAGAUUUAGAUGGCAAUUGCCACAAAAACUGGUCCAAGGAGAUUUUGAGACUAAUUUAAAAUUUAUUUUUGCAAUAAUAAAGUGUAUUUUUUUUUUAAAUACUGUGCUGUUUUUCAAUACAGCUUCCAGUUGAUGAUGUGAUAUUAUCCAAAGAGAUGGGUGGAGUUGGCAAUGAUGUAGCAAUGUUGUAUGGUAACAUAGUUUAGUUUAGUUUUCGUCAGUUUAAAUGGAAACCCCAAUUAACGCCACUGGCAUUACAUUAGAAAUGAGUGAGUAUCGAUAUUUUGUAGUUAGAUUGUAUCAGUCUUUAUCACCAGUUUGAGAACAAAGCCUUAAGUUACCAUAAAAUAUAAUUAAGUGCUUACAAUUAACAUUAGAAUUUUAAUAUUAGAAUGUGUCCCAAAAUAUAAAUGCAAAUAUGACUGAGGUUUUGUCGAUUAUUUUUUAUUUAAUACAGCAAAUGUAAAAAUUCAUCUUAAAUAAAUAAUGGAAAAUUCACCAUAACAAAUGACAG